UGCGCCGUAGGCCUCCAAGUGCUGCUCAAGGGCCUAACCCCAGCAUAAUGGCAGCCGCAUCGGCGCUUGAUGCGCUUGCUGCCAUGCCACCGGGCCCGGCCGCCCCAGCGGGCGGCGCCGUGCCCGUCGCGGGGGCAGCACCGGGGGUGGGCCUGAACGCCGGCGCGCUGCUCGAGGUGUGCCGGCGGGGCCGCGGGCACCCCGGCUGGGACUUCCAGCCCACGCUGCAGGUGAUCGACAUGCGGAGCAUGGCCUUCGGCGGCCACGGGGGCCAGAAGAUGAUGCUGGUCCUCUCUGACUCGCAGUACUUCGUGCUUGCGGUGGCCACUGCCGAGGUGGAGGCCCGCAUGCAGGAGCCAGGCGGCGUCGACCUGAACAGCUUCGUGCAGCUGGUGGCCUGGCAGGUAGACGCCGACAGGCUCAGGCAGCAGAAGCACAUCAUCCUGACGGUGCACGAGCUCAGGCACGUGGCGCGGUGUCCAGAGCAGUACGGCAAGCCCGAGUCCAUUCCGCUGCAGCUGGUGGACUUCGGCACCCCCGCGUCGGCGCCCGUGGCCCCCCAGCACCACCACCAGCAGCCACCACCGCAGCAGCACUUCCAGCAGCAGCCUCAGCCGGCGCACCAGUACUUCCAGCAGCAGCCUCAGCCGGCGCAGCAGCAUUUCCAGCAGCAGCCGCCACCGCAGCAGCAGCAUUUCCAGCAGACCCCGCAGCAGCUGCAGCCGCCGCAGCAGCGGGAGCUGCCGCCGACGCAUUGGCCGCCGCAGCAGCAGCAGCAGCAGCAGCAGCAGCAGCAGCAGCCGCCGUGGCAGCAGACGCCAGCGCAGGUGACGCUGCCUCCCUCCGCGGCGUCGGCGCCGCCUUCCGCCGCGCACGCGGCAGGCGCGCCGUUCGGCGCCGCCCGGGUAGACAGGGCGCCCGCGCCGCAGCGCAGCGGCUCCUUCAGCGGGGGCGGCCCUGGCGGCGGCCCGGCCCUGGAGAAGACGCUCAUCAGCCAGAUCACCCCGUACCGUUCGGGCCGUUGGUUCCUUCAGGCGCGCGUCACCACCAAGUCUGACGUGCGCAAGUUCUCCAACGCCCGUGGCGAGGGGCAGUUGUUCAAGGUCGACCUGAUGGACUGCUCUGGUGAGAUCUCGGCGACGUUCUUCGGCAAGGCCGUGGACAAAUUCUACGCCGCCCUGCAGCAGGGGAGGGUGUACCGGUUCUCGGGCGCCACCAUCAAGAACGGCAAUCCGAGGUUUGACAGUUCCCCAGUGGUGCUCACGUUCGACGAGAGGGCCAACAUCGACGAGGUGCAAGACGACAGCGAGGUGCCGCGCAUGGCUUUCAGCUUCAAGCACCUGAGCGAGGUGCAGGAAGCGACGGACAACGCGUACGUCGACCUUGCCGCGAUCGUCUUCUGCAUCCAGGACUCGAACACCUUCAACUCCUCGAAGACCGGGAAAGAGUUGACGAAGAGGGAGGUGGCGCUGUGGGACAUGUUUGUUGCCAGU